CUGGACACGGACCGACCGAUCUUCUCCUCCGGCGACACGGUGAACGUCGCCUGCGAGAUCACGGAGGGCAACACGAAGCGCAUCCAGAACUUCGCCGGCGUCGUCAUCAAGCGGUCCGGCGGCGGGGUCACGCAGACCUUCACGGUGCGCAAGAUGUCGUCGGGCAUCGGCGUCGAGCGCACGUUCCCCCUCUACUCGCCCACGGUCAAGGGCAUCUCCGUCAUCCGCCGGGGCUCGGUUCGGCGCUCGAAGCUCUACUACCUCCGCGGCCUCACGGGCAAGUCCGCGCGCAUCAAGGAG